AUACAAAACAUUUAGAGCGUGUUUGAUUACAACAAAACUGGAUUCGGUUUUUGAAUCUGGUUUCGUAAACCAACUGCUUGUAAUCAAACGCUCAAACCGAAACUGGAUUUUAGCAAGAUGGCUGUCAGUAAUGUAGAAUGCUAUCCAUGGCUUGAGUUUUUGUUUGAGGAUGAAGGAAUUGACCUUUAUAUGUAUUAUUCCCAACCUGUUGUAAAUUUCUUUCGAUAGCCGGACUGAUUUGGGUACGGAACGACCUGUGAUUUAUUUCUUCUUUUUAUUGAAUGUUAACCCUAGCUAACGUGUAAAUGCGUUUCCAUAACCAGUACACAUGUAUUUACAGGGAACGUCUAGGCCAUGUGCGUCUUGUUUUGGUUUUCCGUCUGUUUGGUAAUUAUAUAGGUAAAACUGUCCCAAAAUAGCAUUCUGUUGUUGACAUUUGCACGUACGCAAACUAUCUAACAAUCUAUAAGGAUUAACAAAUAACAAAACUUCAAUAAUGAAAUGACAAAACUAACGGAACUUUAUCGGCCGCCAUCUUGAAACCAAAAAAUCCAGCCUCAGAGCAGGAUUCGCGGUUUCUCGAAUCUGGUUCCGGUUUUGCAGAAACAAACGACACGGUUUUCGAAUCCGGUUUCGGUUUGCUUGUAAUCAAACGCGCUCUUAGAGUAACAUUGAACUCGCAUUCUCUCACCAGAGGGAGCGUUACACAAGCUUCACAUACAUUUACAUACUAUGUUCUGAAGAGCCAUCCAUUCUAAAUAUAACUGGAAAAUUUAUUUUGAACAAUAUAUGACACUGUAUUUGUAUAUAACUGUGUGUUAUGUAAUCACUUCUUUCUUUACUUGUAUAUGUAUAUGUACAUUAUUUGUAUGUAUUUUCAUGCUGCCCCUUGAGGGCCCUUGAUUGGAAAUAAAAAUAUAGCUAUAUAGCUAUAUAGGCCCUAUUUCAUACACGGAACUCAGGGUAGAGAAUGCUUGAACUCGUGCAUUUCUAAAUAUUACUUGGAGUCUUUUUGGAUAUAGUGAUUAUAAAAAUCUUGUUAAAAAUAAACUAUUUCAAAAGUCUAAAUUAUAGAUGAAUAAUCAACGACAAGUUUCAAAAUAUUGUUUUUAUUGAUUUCUUUAUCAAGUCUAUUAUACAAUAGAUUUCCUUUAUUUUUUACAGAAAUUUUGUAUAUUUUUGUGAAAGAGCAGUUUCAUGAAAUUGUUAGGUAUGCUAUUAUAUCGUCAUAACCAGUUUGUAUGAAAUUUUGAUAAGGAAAAUUGCAAUUUUCUGACGUUGACAUAUGAUUCUGUUUAGGUACGUCUCUCAUCUUAAAAAGUGUGAUGACCUAUAUAUUUUAUUAGUUUUAACUCUAAUGAAUGGAAAUAAAUAUACACUUUUAAACUUGUAUCAGAUAAAGCUGCGAGUAUGGAGUUACCUUAAAUUCGAUUCCAAUAUUUACAAUGGUAAUAGUCGAAAUAAACAAACACAACAUCACUAUGGAUCAAUCUUAUGAAAAUAAUAGACAUUUUAUCAGAAUAAAUAGGCUAGGUGGUAUGACACGCCAUAUUCUGUAACGUAUCACGUGGUAUGCAAAGCUAUUUACUAAAUUUAGUACAGGGGAUUUCCAACUUGAUCAGCCAUAGGUGGAAGUGCGCGUCUUACGACUAGGUGCUGUUUUGUAUUGUACAAAACUGUUCCAGGUCCGGAUAAAAUCGCCUUGGAGAUCCACAAAACUGUGAAAAAAUGUCGGACGAUGAAACAAAAGAAAUGGAACUGGACGACGAGGAAUGGCGCGGAAUCGGGGAACAGGGAGAAGAGCAUAAGACUCAAAGCGAAAAAAUAGCUCCCUACCAACUGAUGAAUAACACUGGCGGGUACGUGUACCAAACCGACUACGAGACUCAGAUGAUGAGAUUCCUGUGUAUCGGGACCACGGGAGGAACCUACUACACGGGGGAGGCUGAAUUGACUAGGGAGAACGCCAAGUGUAUUGAUAGGUUGAUAAACAGCGGAAGGGGAACAGACGUGGUGAAGUUGGUUCGAGAGUUCAGUGUUGAGAACCGGGCAUGUAAACAGCGGCCCAUCCUGUACACACUGGCUCUGUGCUGUCGGUCAAACGAUCCUAAGACGAAGGAUGCCGGAUACAAAGUCCUUUCUGACGUCUGUAGAAUCCCAACGCACCUGUUCGAGUUCAUCAAGUACUGCGAGGAAGAAAGCGCGGGUACUGGAUGGGGGCGAGCGCAUCGUCGUGCGAUAUCUACCUGGUACCUGAAUUACGGGAGAAAGGAGGGAGGGGGAAAGUUUCUUGCACUUCAUAUUACAAAGUAUAAGAAUCGUUUCGGUUGGAGCCACAAGGACAUAUUCCGGCUUUGUCAUAUAAAACCGGAAGAGGAACAUCCCGAGAUCAAGUACCUAAUCAUGGCCACCACCAGAGGGAGGAAGAGAGCAGAUGAAAGCAUAGACAUGCAACGAGAGAAAGAAAAGCCGGAAUUUAAUAAUUCAGAACUUAAGAAGACCAUGGAGUUUAUGGAUGCAGUAGCUGAAGCCGAACGUUGUACAGACACGGAAAAAAUGAAACGUUUGAUUUUGAUGCAUAAUUUGACACGAGAGCACGUUCCAACCGAUUUGCUGAAGUCGAAGGAGAUUUGGAAAGCCUUGAUGAAGCACAUGCCGAUGACGGCAAUGAUAAGGAAUCUUGGGAAAAUGUCUCACUUAGAACUUCUGGAGUCCGGGAGUUUUGAGGAGGAACUGACCAUUCAGAAACUGACGAACCAGGAGUUACUCAGGCGUGGGAAGAUUCAUCCAUUCACCCUGCUGGUGGCGCUGAACCAGUACAAAAAAGGUCACGGGGAACUGGGCAAAAUGAAAUGGAAGCCGAAUGACAAGGUGGCUAAAUCCUUGGAAGAUGCUUUUUACCUGUCGUUUAAGUAUGUUAAGCCGACAGGAAAACGAUUCUGUUUGGCAGUUGACGUCAGUGGGUCCAUGAAUGUUCCUGUAAUGGGCACCCCAACCAUUUCAGCGCGUGACGCCGCAGCAGCCAUGAUGAUGGUGACAGCUCGUACGGAAGAGAACUUCGAAGUGGUGGCUUUUUCGGGUGGACUUACUCCUCUAAAUAUCAAAUCCACGGACAAAUUGGACAACGUUUUGGACAAAUGCGCCUCGCUCCCGUUCUGCGGUACGGACUGUUCGCGUCCAAUGAUCUAUGCAAUGGAACGCAAGAAGAAAUUUGAUGUCUUCGUCGUGUACACAGAUUCAGAGACCUACUUUGGACAGACGCAUCCUUCGCAAGCCCUCGUGAAUUACCGUAAGAUGUCGGGUAUUUCUGACGCCCGCCUGAUCGUCUGCGGCAUGGCCAGCAACAGAUUCACGAUUGCCGAUCCUAAUGACCCUAUGAUGAUGGAUGUCGUCGGAUUCGAUACUAAUGCGCCACAGGCAAUCCACGAAUUUGUGAUGGGACAUAUCUAAAGGUUUUAUUCAUCUUGAGUAAACCAAAUUCCAAGAAAUUUUGAAACUAUAUAGACUUCUUGAAGAGGAUUUUGUGUAUAUUUCAUAACGUUUACAUUUCGUUUAGAGUUCAUUUGGUAAAAAUAAUUCAUUAGUGUCGGUGGCCAUAUAAUUGGUUGUUUGGUGUUUUUUUUCUCAUGCAGAGAGAAGCGUGGGGAUCGUCUUGAUGAACUUUGAAUGGUUGCCUGCAAAUACAAUUAUCAUUAUCUGCGUUUCCUUAUUUACAUACAUGUAUUUGUAUUUUCAUUGAUUUUACAUUCAUACCUUUACGACAUUUUCUUUAAUGAAGAUUUGGUGUAAUUUAUAAAAUACAUUUAUUAUGUUGAAGAUUUAAUAAAAUUGAUUAAUUAG